GUAGUAGUAAGUUGGAAGAUCUGGAGCGAUCGCGACGAUAAGCCUCAUGCUGGAUUAAUGUGUUUUUAUCAGUAAAGUCACUUGACGUCGAUGGGAUAUAUUUUAUUGUACUGAUUUACGGAAACUCAGGUAAGUUGUUUUAAAAUGCCUUUGUUGGGGAAGAUUGUGGUGAUCAAGAGAAAUGGAGAAGACGGCACUGAAUUUCCACUCACAGCGUCAUGUCUUUUUGGGAGGAAGCUGAACUGUGACAUUCGCAUUCAGCUGCCACAGGUGUCCAAAGAGCAUUGCAGAAUUGAGCUGAAUGAAAAUAAAGAGCUCAUUUUGACAAAUUUGAGCUCUGUGAACCCCACACGUAUAAAUGGAGAAGCCCUAGAACAGUCUGAACUAUUGAAGAAUGGUGAUCUUAUCACAAUUAUUGAUCGUUCUUUUAGGUUUGAGUACCCGCCUCCAAAGACACCGAAGAAAAAGAGGCUGUCCACGACUGGAAAAGACAAAACACCCCAGCAGGAGAAAAGCACCCCUGUUCCUGUGGAGAAAAGGAAGUCGGAGCAUUCGAUCGACACCUGUUUAAAAGAUGGAACCAAUUUGCCUCAGCCUGUUGAGCAAACAGAGGGGACCGCAGAUGAUGAGAAACCUAAGAAGAACAGCAUGUCUCCAUUUGGUGAGCUUUGCCAAAUGGUCAAGCAGGACCUGGCUACUAAAUCACCAUGGAAGUCCGGAAUAGCGAAGACGCCUAUUGCAAGACCUCAAGUAAACCGUGAGGAGCUUGACGUUCCCACAGAUGUUAAAAGUGGUCCUGAACAGGUCACGACACCACCAGCCAAGAGGCGAAGAUCCUCAAAAGGCAGUUUCCAAGAUACGGCUGGAGCUGCUGUUCCUCAAAACUCUCUGGAUGCAAAUCUGGAGGAAAAAACUGCUGAAGAUAUCCCAUCGGUGGAGUCUAGCACCCCAUCAUCGUUGGAGAAAAGUGGAACUCCUGUAUCUCAGAAGAAGAGGACACCCUCAAAAACACCUGAGAAGUUCAGCGCUGGUGAAGUAGUCCAGCAAAUUCUUCUAGAGCCACAAACUGAGGAGAAAACAUCUAAAUCACCUAAAAGAAGGAGAAGCAGUUCAUCUCAGAAUCAGAGUAUUGCUCUCCAGAUGUUCUCGAGUCAGCCUCAGACUCCAGUAUCAGAGGAGAACACAGAUGUUAAAUCAUCACCCAGAACAUCCCCAAGAUCAAAUGCAGGCAAAAGGUUUCAAGUCCAAGAUGUUUUGCAGGAGAUGAAGAGCGUCACAUUUGCUUCUGAAGAAAAAGAUACCACUUCAGUAACCGAAAAGUGUGAGGGUAAUGAAUCACAAACUAAUGUAACCGUUUUGAAAUCAAAGAGAAAGCGGGUCUCCUUUGGAGGUCAGUUGAGUCCAGAGCUGUUCGACAAACGUCUGCCCCCCGAUUCCCCUCUUCGCCGUGGAGCCCAGACUCCAAGAAGAAGUCUGGGACCUUCUCAGAAACCCCAAUCUCUCCUACGAAGAGCAUCCACCAUUGGUCUUAUGGCUCUUCGACUUAAGGAAAUGGUUCCAGAGAGCUCCAAGCCUCAGCGUAGUCCUGCCAAGAAAGCUUCACCUAAACAGGCAGCAGCUGCCAAAAAGAGUCCAUCUCCUGCCAAGAGGUCGCCGGGUACUAAAGCUAAAACUCCGUCACCAAAACCUAGAAAGUCACCUUCUGGUACACCCAAGGCCUCUUCACCUUGCUCCACCCCUGCUACAACCAAGACACCUGCCUCUUCUAGAAGAGCUUCGACUUCAGCAAUCAACAAUGGGUCUGUACUCGAGACUCCAACUGUGCAGGGCAGAUUUUCAGUUUCCCGUAUUAGCACACCAUCACCUGUCCAGGAUCAGGUGGAUGAAAGUAAAGGAGAGCAGGCUGCUGUAGAAGACGCACCUCAGGUGUCUGGAACACCAAAAAUUCCAUUACGCAGGAAAAGCAUGAAAUCCGCGAGAAAAACUCCCAAGAGUGCGAUGAAAAGUGCACUUGAGGUCAUACGGUCAAGACGCAGUGGAGCAUCACGGGCCAAUCUUAAAGUGUUGAACUCUUGGGCUGAUAUUGUGAAGUUUGGUCAGACCAAACCUCCGACAGAAGUUACAACUACGAGAAAAACUACAAAGAGCACUGUGGCCAAGAAGACAACUGUACUUUCAAAGCCCAAGACCCCGGCACGGAGGCUGAAAGAUGUCGCCAGCACAGGGCAUGCCGCUUCUCCAGUCACCAUUGUUGUUGGCAAAGCCCAUUUAAGGACUAACCAGUCUGUUGGUGCUGCCCCUAAAAUUGUGUCUAACUUGGCACUGUUCAAGAAGGACAUGAAAAUGGAUGAGGACUUGACAGGUGUUGCAGACAUAUUUAAAACUCCAGCUAAACCUAUGGUUCCCAUUAAUAAUGCAUGCCCAGAGACCCCUGUGGAUGAGUUUUCUGUCAUGAAAACACCAGAAGAAUCAGGUGAGAUGAUAGUAUCGCCAUUGAGUGUGAAAUCCACCGCUAAGCUUGAACGCUACGACAAGGAAGCAGUAACCAGACUUCUUCUGGAUAACCAGGAUGGCAGUUUAUUAGGUGAAGACAGCCUUUCUCAAACUGCUGACAGCUCGCAUGACACAUCAGAACCAGAGGAAAUGCUCCCAAGUGAUGAGACGGAGGAAGAGCAGGGUGUUCCUGAGAAGGCAAUCAAAACCCCAAAACAGGCCGCACCACCAUCCUUGUGCCUCACUGGAGUCAAGCGCCUCAUGAAAACACCCAAACAGAAGGCCGAACCGAUUGAGGACCUAAGAGGAAAGCUGCUGAAGACCCCCAAAGCACCUAAACGUGCCCAGGAAGAGUGUCUGGAAGGAGUCAAGGAAGUCCUCAAGACUCCCAAACACAGAGGAGUUGCAGUAGAAGACAUGGUUGGAGUUAAACGAGUGAUGCAGACACCGAAAGUGAAAAGCAACCCUGUACUUUGUGCAGCGGGUCUUAAAAGGCUCAUGAAAACACCUCAGGAAAAGUCUGAGCAACACGAAGACCUCACUGGUGUGAAAGAACUGAUGCAAACACCUAAAUUAAUGAGAGAGCCAGUGGAGGAUAAGUUAGAGAUAGAAGAGAAGAGUAAUCUUGCUGAAGAAGAUCUGACCGGACUUGAACAAAUGAUGAAGACUCAAAACCACAAAGGACAAUCAUUGGAAGAUGAAAUUGGAGAAAAGAGUUUGUUGCAGACCCCCAAAGAGAAGGUGGAGCUUGUGGAAGACUUGACCGGAGUGAAGGAGUUGAUGAAGACUCCAAAGCACAAAGGUGAACCUGUGAAAAAUAAGUUUGGGAUCAGUAAACUGAUGAAGACCCCUCAACAGAAAGGGACACCGACAAAGGAGGACUUUACUGGCAUCAAGGAACUCGUUGAAGAACCUGAGAUCAGCUCUGCCUUAACGGCACAAAAUAAUGUGACUGAGUCUGUUGAGGUACAAGAACCGGUGACAUCUGUGGAGAAUGGCUCUGCUCUCGUACCAGCUGAAGACUUUGAUAUGGAAUGUGACAAAGAAAAUGUUUGCCCUGUUGAGCCAAUGGAGACUGAAGUUUUAAAAUCGGUGGAUGCACAGAGCACUGCUGCAGAAGUUGAUCCACAACUGAUGAAUGAAGCUGUGAUCCCCCAGAAAGACAAUUGUGACCAAAUCGAAGAGGAGCCAGUUUCAGUUCAAGUUACUGAUGUCUGUUUCUCUGAGGUAGAUGAAAACAACAAAGAGCAGUCUGAAGAAACUGUAUGUAUCUCUGAAAAUAGCAGUGUAGCUACUGAAACUGCCCCAUCUUCAUCCGCUGCUGAGCAAGAGGAGGAGGUCAUAAAAGCUUCAGUUGCCAGCAAAACCCAGCGUGGCAGUCGAGGGAGAGCAGCACAGAAGUCCAAAGCACCUGCAGCGCUGUCAUUAAUUGAUGAAAGUGGUCCACCUCCUUCUAGCCCUGGCAGAGGCCGGAGGGUAAAGAAGCUCAUUGAAGUUCCAGAGAUUGCUGCAAGCCCAGUCAGAAAAUCUGCCCGUGGGAAAGUCCCCAAGCGCUGCUUUGAGGAAGAAGAGGCGAAGAAUACUCAGGCUGUCCAAGCACCUGUAGACUCCAUGAAAAAUGAGAUCUCGGCCUCUCUACCUUCAGUUACUAAGACCAGAAGAGGAAGAAAAGCUCUAAAAGACGAAGCUGAAAUUGAACCUGCUGUUGAUGCACAGUGUUCUGAUGCAAAAGCAAAUGAAGAAGAGCCAAUCCAAGCCCCUGUUCCUAAAGCCGGCAGGAGGAGAAUGAAUAAUAAAAUGGAAAGCCAACCUUCAGAAGAGCAACAGCAAACAACUGAAAUUGUUUGUCAAGAAAAUUCUGUUGCACCAGAUGAUGUCCCUUUGCAGACUUCAGUAGCUCCUGAGGCUCCCAUUGCUGCAACAAGAACUAGAAAGGGAAGAACAACAAAGAAGGAAAGCUUAAAAGCCCCUGAGCCCACCCCAACUGUGGAAAGUGAUAUGACAAGCACUGAUGUUGUAGUAGCUGAGAAGCCACAAGCUUCCGUGGCAAAGUCAGGGCGAGGUAGAGCAUCUAAAAAAGAAACUGUCAAAGACAAAGUUAUGGAAGAGGAUCCUAAGGUUGAGGUCAAAGUUGACAGUCAAGAAGAUCCUGAGGCACCAGUGGUCAAGUCUGGCAGAGGACGAAGAGCAAAACAGCAGAAACCUGAAGAAGAUGAUAACCAGGCUCCUGUAGAGUCCAGCACACAUGUAGUUGUGACCGAGGAACCCGUAACCGAGGUGAAGUCUGUCAGAAGAGGUAGACAAGCAAAACAAAUAAAAGAAAGCGUUUCAAUUGAAGCUGAGGAGAACGUUGUCAGUGAGGUAGAACAAGCAGAGGUCCCUGUUGUGAAAUCCAUGCGAAAAAGGGGAGCUGCUGCAAAGGAAGUUGAAAUCGUGGCAGAGGUUCCUGUCAAAAGAGGUCGCCGUGCUGUUGUUGAUCCCACACCUCCUGUCGCUGUAUUGUCCGGUCGUGGCCGUAAAGCUGUUAAGAAGGUGGAACCAGAGGUUACAGAGGAAACCGCUUCAUCCGAAGAAGAAGUUAAGUCCAUUAAACAGACCAGAAGAACAGCAAAGGAAUCAACAAAAAAUGAAAAUCCAACACAGGCUAGUUCUGAAUGUGUUGCUGUUGAGAAUACUGCAGAGAAGGUAGGAAGAGGAAGUCGUGGCAAAAAAGAGAAGGGAUCAACUAAGGACACCCCUAAAAGCCUUACUAAUGAAUCUGCUGCAGCUGUGGAAGAUGGUGAAGUGAAACCCUCAAAAACUGUCAACUGGAGUCCAGAUUUGGCUGUCUCUAAAGACGUUGAAGAGUUUGAACCUUCUUCAGAUGUAAAAGAAGCACAGCUGAAGAAAUCCAAAACGUCGUCUGCCAAGAUCUCAACAGAAACCCAUCAAUCAGUCGAUCCGCCACCCAGAGGCCGCAGAGGUAGAGGAGCAAAAAAAGAAGAGGAACCCUCUGUUGAAGACUGUCCAGAAGAGGUUCAGAUAAAAGCCAAACCACUGAGGAGAGGGAAAGCAGUGGCUUCAACAGUACCUAAAUCAGAACCCAUUGGCAACAAAGCAUCAACUCCUCUUAAAAGGAAAAGGAAUGAGGUGUUGGAGGUAACUGAAGAACCAGCAGAUAAAGAACCUUUGCCAAAGAGAAGAGGUAGAAUAGCCAACACCACUGAAGUCUCCGGCAAAGAGAAAACCCCUGAAGCUGAACCCACGCCCAAGAAGACUAGUAAAACAACGGCAAGAGGACGGAGCAAGGCAGCUCAGGAACCUGAACCAGAACCUGCUCCAGAACCUGCUCAAGCUCCAGAGUCCAUUUCAGGGCCAAGCACUCGUAAAGGCAGAAGUGUAAAGAAAGCCGAAGUAGUGGACUCUACUGUGGCAGCUCCUGUCAGGCGCACCAGGAGGAAGUAAAGCACUGAUCUUACAGAGUGGUCUUAAUCUUCAAUCUUAGGAAGAAAAGUUUUAGUUUUAUAUUUUUUGACUUUGAUUAUGACUUUCUAUAUCUACAAGAUUAUUUUUUUUGUCUGUGUAAUUUUAGCUGAUUUUAUAUCGAGGAAAAAAUGAGUAAUGUUUAUGUACAUUUUAUCCAGUGUUUUAUAUACGUUUUUGUUACAUUCCUCUCUUUAAUCCUGAGGCAUUAAAGCAUACUGGAAAAUUAGAUUUUUCAGCGUCAUGCAUGAACAAAAAUGUUUUAAGACUUUCUACUUGUGUACUGUUAACUUUUUCUCUAAAGAAUUGUUCAUCCAUUCCCUUGUUCUUUGUUUUUAAAGAUAUUAAAAAAAAUUGAAAAUAUGACGUGAAAACAUUGAGCUGCUGGCAAUCUUUGGCACUGACUGGGCAUCAUAACGGUCCUGUACAUGGCGUGAAUGUUUUCAUUAAAAAUGUCAUUGUUCAUCUGAUGUUUUGUUUUUAUCUUGAGGUUUACAAAUUCAUAUUAAUCAUACACAUUUUAGCAAACUAGAUGAUGUAGCGAACCUGGCUGUCUAUAAAUUGUAAAGGGUAUUUUUCCUGCUGAAAGAAUAGUUGAUCAAGAGACUGUAUACCCAUCUAUUGUAUAACAUGCAAGAGUGCUUGUGUCAUCAAUUUCUACAGUAAACAUCCUUAUGUUGAGGUGUAUUGGAUGGGAUUAUCACUGUGAAAAGUACAAUUUGAGUGUAUAAAAUUUUAGAUUUUAACUUGCUUUGGAUACCACAUCAACUUUACACCUUAAAGAGGACAUUUUACAAGCCU